AUGGCACCCGCGGCGACGAAGAACACCACGACUACCACAAAACCGACGGCGACUCGCUCCUCGACGAGGAUUAGCAGGCAGACACCUGCAUCUACACGAGGUGAGUCGCAAGCUCCACCGCCCGUCACUGAUGAGUCUGGCGAUGGAGAGGAUAGGGCACGCUCUCCGCGAUCGAGGGUCGGGAGAGACUCGGAGGACGAAGAGGAAUCCGAGCGGGGCGAUGAUUCGACCCCGGUGCAGAGCCAACGCCGCCCUGCAGCUGUCCCUAAGGUUGGGAAUGGGAGCAACGGUGCUGGCCCAAUCGGACCCGAGACUACCUCUCGGUCCGCAGCUGCGAGGCAGGUACGCUCACGGAGUGUUGACUCCAAUCGAAGACCAGUGCGUGACGACGCACUGGACGAGGCUUGGGCCGCGGUGGCUCAAACUCGAAGCAACCUCGAGGCGCUCGAGCGUCGUCUCUUUCAGAGGUAUGGGCCGCUCGUCGAUGAGCCGGAUCCCAGCGAAGACGAACAGGAAUACCCCCCACCAAAGGCUGGUCCGUCGGGGCGGGGAAAGGCUGUGGACCCAAGAAAUUGGGGAGCAGCUGGAAUUCCUGAGGAUGAAAGUAAUCCCGAGGUGCAGCAUGCGCUCCUCGCAGGGAUUAGAGAAUCGGCGGCCGAUGAUGGCGACCGAAACAUGCGGUACACCCCAGUAGAUAAUAGGGAUAACCGUGGAUUAGCUAAAAACAAUGAUAAUAGCUUGGAAAGGGACUCAACAGGUGCACCGAACGAGACCCGUAAAACGACCGAUGAGACUCCGCAAAUCACGCGAGAGGAAGUCCGCGCGAUGCAGGAGAAAGCCAAGGCGCUUGAGAAGGAAUACCGCCGUCAGAAAAAGGCAGCCAAGGCUACAGAAGAACACGCGCCACGCCGUACAGCCACCCCACUCUCGAACGAGAUGGAAGCAUUGAUCGGACAGGCCACGCGGCGCCCCACCGCAACUGCUGGAGGGCGUAAAGCGACGUCUGGAGGGCGAGACGAAAUGAGGCCGGAUGGAGGGCGAGAGUCGCAGCGGGAGCCUCUUCCUGUGGGGCAAACGCCGUCUCGAGUACGAAACUCCAGGCCCGAAGUCCUACGCGCUAGCAAUCAGGUUGCACCCGACAGUUAUCUGAGCUGGGCGCUUAAUGGGAAUAAGAAACGUCCACCUGAGCUGCCUACCACAGGCGCAGCAGAUGGGCAGGAUGAGGAGGAAGACUCUUCAUCUGAUGACGACGAGGACCCUUCAGACUCGGAUCCGUCUGACUCGGAAGAUGAGGAGGAUCACCACAAAAAGAAAAAGAAGCGCACCGUGUAUAAGCAAAUCGCACCGACGACACCCGAAAAGUACAGCGGUGAGGCUGACCCAAUGAAAUUCUACCGCUUUGCAACCCAAUGCGCGAGAUUCUGCAGGGAGGCCAAUAUCCCAAAGUAUGAUCGGAUAUCCAAAUGUGCGGAUUACUUGACCAGUAAAGCGUACAAGUUCUACACGACAGAAGUUUCAAUGGAUACCAAAGGGUGGAGCAUGAAGAAAUUUCUGAAAGGUCUCUUCAAUUAUUGCUUCCCGCCUGACUUCCAUUUGAAGCAAAGCCGUAAGCUAGAAAAGAUGACGCAGGGAAACCUACGAGUCAGAGAAUACGCGGCUGAGCUAUUGAUAGUAUUCCGUACCCUCGGGUCAUCCUCAACGCGUCAACGUGUUGACAAGUUGUGGAAUGGUUUAAGGGUUGAAUUACAGCGAGCGUUGUGGAGGGAGAACUUGGACCCCCAAACCUCGUCAUGGAAAGAAGUCGUGCGUGUUGCUGAGCGGCACGAGAUUGCCGAUCGCCUUGUUUUAGGAGAUCGCGAUACGGGCGCUAGUUCGAGCAAGCACACAAAUCAGAACACGAAGAGUUGUUACAAUAAUAACAGUAGCGCACCUUCAAGCUUGUCGAAACCCUUUAAGCCACAUGACAAUGAAAAGUCUAGGUCAGAUAAGGGAAAAGAGCCCGAAAAGAAGAAGGAAAGCACACCUGAGCUAACCGAGGACGAGAAGGCACUUCUUCGCAAGCAAGGUAAAUGCUUCCAUUGCUGCGAGAAGGGUCAUGUCUCACGCCAGUGCCCGAAAGCACAGACAGUAUCCUCGAACAAAGGCAGUAAGCCCCCUGGUUUGAAGAGCUUCAGUGUGGAGCUUGCUGUUCAAAAGGAGAAACAGUACCGAAACCUGGAAGGUACCACUGAGCCAGCGAAAUCGGUUGGAGUGUCAUCUGUACUGUUGGCGAAUGUCUCAUUUGACACUGGGAGUGACACAGAAAGGAGUGAAGUCUUCCAAGACUUCGCUAAUUUCAUGUCCGGCACAGUAGAUGAGAAUGAUUCCUGGACGUGCGAGUCAGAUGUGGAUGACCUGCCUGAGGAAUACGUCGAAGUAGGUCCUACCUUAUCGUAUGAGGAUGCAGCGAGGCUGUUGUAUGAUCCGGAGAGUGAAGAUACACCUAAAAACGUGGAUGGGAAGAUCGGCGAUCCGUUGUGCGAACAAGUUGAGCGCUUAUUGGAUGCGAUGCAACCCUUUCCAGGGGAUCCUUGCUGGGAAAGCAAGGUAAACCACCGUUUUAAUGUGUAUCCUAGCUACCCGGGUCGUAUAAUCAUACAGGACGAGGUGACCAAUGAGACGGAAGUGCUUGAGGCUUCGAUGGCCUUGCGAGAUGAUUUCCUGAUUGGCCGGUGGUAUGCGAUUAAGUGCACGCAAAGGGAACGAGUUAGGGUUAAGCCCUUACCUCGAUGGCACAAGAAAUCACCGCGAAAGCGCGAUUUGUGGGCACUUAAUGGUGCAUGGAAGCUUGCGUUUGGCAAGUGCUUCUUCAAUUAUUAUCACUGCUCAAAAGAAAAAAGAAACAAUAUGUAUUGUUUCGAGAUCGUGUGGGAUCGCCAUGCGAACACCUACAGAAUAUACGACAUCAUAGCGCGAUUAGUUACUAGUAUAACUCCUGAGGAGUUAACGAACCAUCGCCUAGACAUUAGACAAUGGUAUUUGAGGCAAUUAACAAAGCACUUAUGGGACAUGUCCCUAGAGCACUUCGAGCAGCUCGACAGCUGGGACCUUGACACCCUGUUUGACAAGACACCACCUGAUAUCUUCUCAGAUGCAGGAGGGAGCGAUGACGAUGAUGAUGACAGCGACGAUGAUGAGUGGAUGAAUUCAUUUCUUGAAGCUUAUAUGAUUGAGCUAGACGAGGAAUUUGAUAUUCAUUGCGCCGCAUCGAAAGCAAAAGGGGAUGACACGUACCCUUCAGCACAUAGGAUGGCAGCCUUCGCUAAAGAUUUCUCGAGGGUAGUACCGGAACCCAUCCGAAUAGCCGUUGAGAUCGAUGGGCGCUUAGCUCAGGCGCUCGUCAAUUUGGGUUCGCUAUGCGACUUUAUGUCUAGCACGCUAGCGGAUCAGCUGAAGUUAAAGAAAAGAGAGCUAGCAUCACCUUUGAACGUACAGUUGGCUGUUCAGGGAUCGCGCUCUAAAGUUAACUAUCAGAUAUCAACCCAGUUUAAGUAUCAGAAUAUCAACGAGGAACGAACCUUUGAUAUUUUGAAUGUCUCAGUUAUGAUUUGA